GUAGAGCUCUUUAAUGUUAAAAAGGUGAGAAAACGUCAUAGAAACAUGUAAAUAUACCAAUAUUACGUCUUGAAAUUUUGUCGUCUGCUGCAUUUCCUUUUAAUAUGGAGACGAUGGAAGUAAAAAAGAAAGCUAGGGCACAAAAUUGGACCGCUGAGGAAGAAGUUCUGUUAAUAGAGGAAGUGAAAGCGAGAGCAGAAAUCCUCUUUGGACCUCUGAAGGGUUGUGGAAAGUCCGAAAAGAUUAAAGAAAUAAAAGACAGAGAAUGGCAAAUGGUUGCUGACAAGUUAAAUUCACAAUUCGACAACAAGAUGAGAGGUCUGGAGGAAGCGAAGAAAAAAUAUUACAACAUUAAACAGAGAAGCAAAGAAAAACUUGAUUCAGUCAAAAAGCCCAAGACAGGAGGAGGUCCACCCCUCCCACCACUAACACCUGGGGAAGAGACUUUUCUGAACUUGUCAGUAGGCCAACCAAAUGUCCAUGGUUUAAAUGGAGGUGUUGAUUCUGAUGAGCAGCAGAUUACCAACUCCAUUCAAAAUGAAAACAAUACUUUCUGGUGAAAAGCGGUAUCUUUGGAAGAUUUCGUCCUCCUCCAGACUCUCAAGAGGAUUACUAAGGUCCCGAAAUACCCGAGGUCAUCUUAAAAUGCGCUGAUUUUGUCUCCUCUGACGUCUGCGUCUGAUCAUAGCAGCCAUUUUUAAUGCUUGAGAACGUUCUUAAGUCUGCAUUUUUGUAGACUCAAAUAUUUGAGAAUAAAACUGAUUUUGAGAAUUUUUUUUGUGCUCAACCUUUUUAUGACGGCCGCUGAGUCUGAGAAUGGGGAAGUUGAGAACAUUCUCAGACUUGAGAAUAUUCUCAGACUUAAGUAUGUUUUAUGACGGCGGGGCCAGAUCAUACAAACUGUUUCUAUUAAUUUUAAAUAGAUAUAUAACAUGCCCACAAAAUAAUUGCAUUAUUAUUUUUUUUAGAAUGUACGUCAUCAAUGUUCUCCCAAAGGAAAGUGAGCAAAAACUUAUCCAGAGAAUCAACAGCACAUUUUUGUGAAACUUUUUAAAAUGCGCAGGAGAAAUAGGAUUACGAAGAAGAGAAGCUUUGUCAUAAUUUUUUAUAGUAUGAAUUAAAUGCAAUUUCUCAUAUA